GCGGAAGUCAAACGAGAUACACGGAAGGCGAAAAUGUAUACCAAAAUACUAGUUUUUGCCGCCGUCUUGGCAGCGUUCAAUUGCCAGGAACACACUUAUACCCUGAAGUCAGUGGUUCAGCAUGAGCAGCCUCAUGAAUAUAGUCAUCACAGACAUAUUGUUCUGCAGCAUGAUCCUGCACCUAUUCAUGAAACUCAGUAUAGUGAGUCUGCUGAAGACCAAGAACAGGGCCAUAAUCGUGGACAGCCAUCUCAAAGCAUUGUCCAUUAUGCUCAAACUAGCGAAAACUCUCCAAAAUCUGAAGAAGAGUACGCUCCUGUUUACCAAUACGUGCAAGCUCAGCAUGAAGAGCAGAGACAUCAUGCUCCUGUUCAUCACCAGACCCAAAAUGUUCCUGUUCCCCAACAUCAUUCUCAGGGUCAUGAAGUCCAGUACAAUCAUCAACUUGUAGCUUUCCACCAUGGACCUCAGUUACAACAUGGAGCUCAGGAGGCUCAGUUGUACCAUGGAGCGCAGGAGGCUCAACUGCACCACGGCGCGCAAGAGAUUCAGCUUCACCAUGGAGCACAGGAGGCCCAGCUCCACCAUGGGGCACAUGAAGGUCAUGUGCACCAUGGAGUUCAUUUGCACCAUGCUAAUCAACUGCACCAUGCUCCUUCCCAACACCAGGUCGAGAGCAAUGCCCACAAAUCCCAUCACCAUGAAGAACCCGUCGAUUAUUACGCACACCCUAAGUACCAGUAUGAAUACAAAGUAGAAGAUCCCCAUACUGGUGAUAACAAGUACCAGCAUGAGACCCGUGAUGGUGACUCUGUAAAAGGAGUUUACAGUCUUCAUGAAGCCGACGGCUCCAUCCGUACUGUCGAAUACAGCUCCGAUAAACAUAACGGAUUUAAUGCAGUGGUGAAACAUUCUGCCCCAGGACAACAUGUGGAGAUUCAUAGCCACCAUAAGAACUAAAUUCAUAAAAGUCUGAUUUGAACGUUUGAUUGAUUGUGUUGUGCUUUUAUUAUCGUUAUGUACAUGUGUAAAUAAACCUAUUUAAUUACCUUAUUUUAUACUAAAAUUUUGUAUUUAAUUUACCCUUGAACUUGCUUAUUUAAACUUUGAGCUUAUUUUAAUAAU